UCACGUAGAGGUCGGAUAGCUUCCGAGGUAUUUAACGUUCCACGACUUGGCCGGCUUCUGGAAUUGAGCCUCGAUAUUCAUCGUCGCUGCGAGGCUUAGGAACCAAACUUUAUUAUCUGCUUGGACGGGUGUUCCGUAUUGUUUCGAUGGCUGAAAAUUUACUGAAGUGUGGGUUGUUGAUGCUCGGCGUAUUGACGGGCUGUACUAGUAGCGAGCUAGCGUCAGCGAAUGGUAUAAGGCCGUCGAAUGUGCUCGGUGGCUUAGAGCAGCACGCGUCGUUCAGUUUUGUGAGGCCAGGCCUCACGCAGACUGCAUUUGCUUUCAACGGGCCAGCGUCGCAUCAGUCAUUCAGCUCGAGCGUCGGUGAUCCACAUCUAGCGCACCGAGUGCUGCCCAGUGUCGCUCAUGCCCUCGCUUAUCGUAAUCCUGGACUAGUUUCAGGCUAUGCACGUAUAACUGGUGGACCUAUUCUCUCGUCAGCAUUUGUUGCAAGUCCACCAGUAGCUGCUUAUCAUCGACAACAAAAUGAUUUUCAACGACGCUUUCAUCCACAAACACAGCAAGCUUUGGCUUUGGCCUAUCAACAACAGUUACAGCAAUAUCAACAAGUACAAGCUUUUCCUGAUUUUGUCGGCGUAGAAUACCCUCAACAUGCACACGUGCAAGCAUUGCACAACAUAGGGGAUCAGCAGAGCGUGCAUCAAGCUCAUAUUGCUCGGCUUUUCAAUGCGAGAUUCGCCAGCCCGCAGCAGAUCCAGCUAGGCAACGCUACACCCGAACAAACGCAGCUUUAACAACAGCAACGAGUACAGUAGUGCAAGAGCGGCGUGCAUGUCCGAUUCUCUAAGUGUAGCUUAUCCGUUCACGUUGUCCGUAACUGCGCAGCACAUUCAAAUAGAUAUAGCUUUGGAUAAUAUUUUGACUGUUAAUCUUAAUACUUUUUUCCAAUGCAAACUUCGGGACUUUCAUUAUUUAGCUUUAGCUUGAAUAUCUUAUAAAAUUUACGAAUAUCAAGUCCUACGUUAUCUUCUUUAUAUUAAUAAAUAUUAUUAGCUUUAAGAUUCAACUCAGAGUAGCAAGCCGAUGUAAUAUUUUUAUACCACCUUAUUAUAAAUAAACAUAAUAAAAGCAAUUAUCUUUGUAUAAUAAAUAAAUAGAUAUAUGCUUAUCGGAGGAUACAUAUAUUAAAUAUUUACAGGUAUGUUGUCAAUACUUAAGAUUAAUAUUAAUAAUUUAUUAUAGUUUAGAUUAUCAUACAUUACAGCGUUGUCAGUUGUUUGUUUAAAAAAUUUUAGUUUAACAUAAGCAAUAAGACGAUCGAUUAUGAAAUAAAUAUUUUGUAAGAUGAUAUCCUAAUAAUACUAUAAUUAUAAUUGAAUUAAUCCUUGAAUUCCGUCAACGAUUCUGACCGCAAACGGUAUAAAUUGACUGCUACGCUGAGUUUCGCGUAAUUUACCGAAAUUUCAUUGCAUCAUCGGUUGUGUAUCUGUGUAUAGUGGAAAAGAAAACCAGACGGAACAAAUUAAGAGUGCAUCGAUGGUUGUUAAAAGAUUUUUGACUCACUGGAGAAUUCAUCUUGAGGAUUAGGUAGCAACAUCUCCAUCGAAUUCGGGUCAUUUGGCAAUCUUGUUGCGGAAGUACCUGUUUCUAAUGUUGAAGAAAAUCCUGUUGAUUUAUCGAUUUUUUCAUUUGGAAAAUAGU